CUUCCGCUUUAGUCGUGCUGUCACUCACAGCCGCCUUUCCCGCCCGGGGGUGUGACAUAGCGCUUUCUUCUCCGCUGGUUCUGCAGCUCCGGAGUGAGAGACGCUGAGUUGCCGGGCUGCGGAGGUUCCGAGUCUGGCGCUGCGAGCUGCGGAUCUCGGCGAGAUUUCGCACUGCCUGUCGUCGGCAUUUCGUUAUAAUCGGUAGCGGAUCACUUUCCUAAGACCCGGGAAGAACAAAGGAAUAAAGAAGGAGACGCUCGGCUCCCGGCCGUCUUGCUCUGAGUGGCUUUCUUUGCCGCUCGCUCCUGUUCGGAGAAGCGGAGAAGCUGGGUUUAUAAUCGUCACCGGAUUGUAAGUACCCAAGGCGAAGAAAGCUUACUGCGUCCUGCUUUUUGAAUACCUUUGUUCUGGGAGAGAUUGUGGAUUGGGAGUGUCUGCUGGGCCUUACUUUUUGUGUCAAAAAUCAUUCCGCAGAAGCCGCCAUUUGCUUUCCUGCUAGCUAGCUCCGUCUGCAUUGUCCGGCAGCGGCAUCUAGAGGUCGGAACUUGCAUUGCAGCUAAUAGAUUUAAGUGGACCUAACUGAUUAGUGUUCCUAACGACUGGAAUUUAGUCACAACGUGUUUCUAAAGACUUGGGCCUUAAUUCAAAAUUAAGACAGAAUAGACGCUUAGCCCUGUUCUGCUUUAAACUUUUUUGUAAUUAAGGAUUUCAGUUCGUAACAAACUGGUCUUUCUAAUUGUUGGCAAUAGCUGGAACUUUUAGUGCAACAAGUGGUUGUUAGAGAAGUGAGUCUCAAAGACGUAAAGAUGAGUAAGAGCAAAGAUGAUGCUCCUCAUGAACUAGAGAGCCAGUUUAUCUUACGGCUACCUCCUGAAUACGCCUCUACUGUGAGGCGGGCAGUACAGUCUGGUCAUGUCAACCUAAAGGACAGACUGACAAUUGAGUUACACCCUGAUGGACGUCAUGGAAUAGUCAGAGUGGACCGGGUCCCACUGGCCUCAAAAUUGGUAGAUCUGCCGUGUGUUAUGGAAAGUUUGAAAACCAUUGAUAAAAAAACCUUUUACAAGACAGCUGAUAUAUGUCAGAUGCUUGUCUCCACGGUUGAUGGUGAUCUCUAUCCUCCUGUGGAGGAACCAGUUGCUACUACUGAUCCCAAAGCAAGCAAGAAAAAGGAUAAGGACAAAGAGAAAAAGUUUAUAUGGAACCAUGGAAUUACUCUGCCUCUAAAAAAUGUCAGAAAGAGAAGGUUCCGGAAGACAGCAAAGAAGAAGUAUAUUGAAUCUCCAGAUGUGGAGAAGGAAGUGAAGCGGUUGCUAAGUACAGAUGCUGAAGCUGUGAGUACUCGUUGGGAGAUAAUUGCUGAAGAUGAAACAAAAGAAACAGAAAAUCAAGGCCUUGAUAUAUCUUCUCCAGGAAUGUCUGGUCACAGGCAGGGCCAUGACUCAUUAGAACAUGAUGAGCUUCGGGAGAUAUUCAAUGACCUCAGCAGCAGCAGUGAAGAUGAAGAUGAGACGCAGCAUCAAGAUGAAGAAGAUAUAAACAUCAUCGACACUGAGGAAGAUCUGGAAAGACAGCUACGUGACAAGCUGAAUGAAUCAGAUGAACAGCACCAAGAAAAUGAGGGAACCAAUCAGCUGGUUAUGGGAAUUCAGAAACAGAUUGAUAACAUGAAAGGCAAACUCCAAGAAACCCAGGAUAGGGCAAAACGACAGGAGGAUCUCAUUAUGAAAGUGGAAAACCUGGCUCUCAAGAACAGAUUUCAGGCUGUGCUGGAUGAACUCAAACAAAAGGAAGACCGAGAAAAGGCACAGCUCAGCUCUUUGCAAGAAGAGCUGGAAUCACUCCUCGAGAAGUGAGAAGAGCUCUCAUAAUUUCAUUCCUUAGGCUGCUCAGCAUUGAAAGAAGAAUCUUGGUUUCAUCACUUGGACUAGAUUUAACUGUGCAGUAGUUCUCAUUUUCUCCACUGUCUUCUACUGAAUUUGUCUUACAGACAAAUACACAUGUGAAUUGCUAUCUCAUUUUCUGUCAGAACCACUUUGCUGUUUAUCCUUUAGGAAGUAGGAAUGUAUAGACAGAUAAAUGAUUGUAGGAAAAUUGUAGGAUUAGUGGAAUAAACAGUUCAACCUUAGUAAUCACAGCUUCACCGCAGGACUUUGCUGUUUCUCCAUUUGCCAUAAAUGGCUGUUAAGCGUUUGUCUGUGAUGCCAUCCAAGAUCAGUAAGCGGAGUCAAGUCUGCAGAUUGAAGCUAGUUUGCAUGUUUUCCCAUGAAGUGGUAGCUAUUUUCCCAGCUAUUCAAAGCAUUCUUAUGUACAUAGGGUUGCACAUCAUUUCAUAACGCUGUUUUAGCACAAUAAAUAAAAGCAACUAAUUUUCACCUCA